UGAUAGGCGGUUUGGGCAAAUUAUGCAGGAAUGAGAAGAGGUUUUAAGCUCAAUGUUUUGUGGAAUCAUUAAGUUUAGAUGUUAUACAAUACGUUUUUUAUUUUUAAGGAGAAAUACAUUUCAGCAGAUCUAUACUACCUAGAUUCCACCGUUUCUGUAGAAUGACCCAGGGGCCACUUGAAUGGCAAAGGGUCAUACGGUCAUUUGCACUGCAUACACUAAAUCUCCCCUGCUGUGAUUAUGACUUGUUGCUGUUGAAGACAAUCCUCUCCAGUUCCACUCCCAGUCACUACGCGGCGGUAAGGAGUUUUAUGUUGGCCAACAGCAAAUAGAUGUCAAGAAGAAGAAGAUAAUUCACGUUCCGUUUCCAGGGCGAUUCAGUUGGCGGCUGAGAAGCGCCAAAUCAAAAAUCCUUACGGGAUAACAACUAAAAAGUAAAGGGUCUGUGUGAUGGAAGCCAUUGCCUCUCAGAACUAACCGGUUUACCAACGAGUCAGUUUAAUACCCCAGUGAAAAACGUGUUGCUGUUGAAUACAACAUGGAGGAACUCUUCAGCAAAGGGUUGCAAGUCAACGUGAGGUGCAGGGACUGUGAGGAGAGAAAAGCAAACAUCCGUGUCACCAUUGAGCUUCAGUUGACAAACAGUCCAGGACACAAAAGGGAUCUUCUGGUGAGACUAACCGAUGAUACUGAUCCAUAUUUUCUCUUCAACCUCUCUAUAUCAGAAGAAGAUUUCCAAAGUUUGAAAGUCCAACAGGGGCUACUGAUAGACUUUGCAUCAUUUCCUCAGAAGUUUAUUGACCUGCUUAAUCUGUGUUAUUCUGAGCAAGAGUCAGACAAUCCAAGGUUUCUCCUGCACUUGUCAAGUCAGUCUCCAGUGCUUGAAGGCCCUGCCAACUUCAGUGUUGUAGAGACAAAUGCAUUCAAACACCUGAACCACUUGUCUUUGAGGCUUUUUCACGGCUCUGAUAAAGAGAUUAAAGACUAUCUGGCAGUGUGUCUCUCCUCUCUCAAGGCAGAGAAGCAGGCCCUAGAGAUGAAGCUUCAGAAGACUAAUGAGGAUCUGUCCAGGCAGCUGAGUUAUGCCCAACAGACGCUGUCUGAGAAGACUAAAGAGUUAGACAAACUGCGUUCAGAGUGGACAAGUCAGACCAGCUCUCUGUCCAGCCGUCAUUGUAAGGAGUUACAAUCAGAGAGAGAGAAGGCUCUAGAGUUACAGAGCAGACUUCAGCAGCAGACGGAGCUGCUCCGUCAGGAGCUGGAGAAUUCUCAUAAGAAGAGCAGCCAGCAGCUCCACAGCAGACUGACAGAGCUGGAGGCCUCUUGCAGAGAGCUGACGGAGAGGAAAUACAAGAAUGAGUCUGUCAUCAGAGACCUGAAGAUUAAACUAGUGGGUGUAGAGGAGGAGUGCCAGCGUUCCAAGCAGCAGAUCCUGUCUCUCAGGAGGGAGAACAGCUCUCUGGACACAGAGCUCCAUGACAAGGAGCGUUUGGGGAGCCAGCUGCAGAUGAGAGUGGCUGUUCUGGAACAGGAGAUCAAAGAUAAGGAUCAGCUCAUGCACCGCUCGAAAGAGGUGCUGGAAGCUAUUCAACAGCAGAAGGAAUCAAUGGAAGAAAAUGCUGAAAGUAAAGAACUUCAGAUUACAAAACUUGAGGCAACGGUGAAAUCCCUGUCUGAGGAGCUGAUAAAGGCUAACGGUAUCAUUAAGAAGCUGCAGGGAGAGGUUCGAGGCCUAGUUGGAAAAAUAAAAGUGAAAAACACUGUGACUGUGUCACAGGAGAAGCUCCUCCAAGACACAUCAGGAAAACUUGAGAAUGUUGAAAAGGAUCUACAGAGCACUCAGCAGCAGCUCGUCACCAGGGAUGAGCAGGUUUCAAAACUGAAGGAGCAGUUGGAGACAACGGUACAGAAGCUAAAUGAAAGCAGAGAGGUGUUGAAGACAAAUGAGAAUGUUAUAAAUUGGCUCAACAAGCAGCUAAAUGAAAAGCAGCUCUCCAGAAAGUCACAGUCUGCUGAACCUUUGGACAGGCUUUCACUUCUAUCCACAGCAACAGGACUAAAGACAGGGAAAAGUGCAUCGUCUCCUGUUGAUCAGCGAUCAGUGCAGCAAACCAUCAGACACACUGGAGACUCUGCAGGUCUGGAUUCUAAGUACUUUGAGAGGAGAGAUGAUAGCAUCCCAGUCUAUGGUCUGUCAUCUAAUGUGUUUCACAAAGAGUUCUCUCGGCAAACAAAGCCCUCCGUAGCUUCUGCUUACUUCUCUGCAUGAAGCAAUAGCAGGUGGAGUCAUGACAUCACACAGAAUUUCAAUUCAACUCCAGGUGGAAGUGAAACCAUCACAGGCUCCUGUUCCAAUCUGUCACUGACAUGCUGUGUUAAAUUCACUUUUUAAGUAGCUUCUAUUGCUGUUUUAAUUUGUGUGCUGAUGGUUUACACAUCUAUCCUCUGAUUUGUGUACACAGUAAAUGCUGUUACACCUUUCUGAAUGGUGGGUUCCAGUGAUCAUGGAGAAUGUAUUAAAGUCUUUAAAUUCAAAUAUACUAUUUUUUCUAAAACAGUAUAUGAAGUUUGCCAUCCUUUUGUGUUUAUUUGUUGUUGUAUUUCAGUUAUGAAGUGUAGUCUUUAAUAAAGUGUUUCCAUCCUUAUUGCUGCCCAUAGGAUUUCUAGGGUAUCUACUGCUUUAAAAUCUACAUUUAAUUAAUUUCAUCUCACUUCAAUUCCCCUUCAAAUAUUGAAUCUGAAAAAAAAAAUGGUGCUGUUCAGUAUUUGUCAAGCAUGGCUAUAGAUUCAUCUAAUGCCAGAAUUUGGGACUUCAUUUCAUUUUUAGGUGGCAUACUACUCACAUCUUUAAACUCAGUGGCGGGCCGUGCAUUUUACACCUGGGCCUUCACUGCUGUCCUGCAGCUGAAAUACCACCUUAU